UUUUACCUGUUGAAUGAUUUCGCAUCGUUGGGAAAGAGCCAUAAAAUGCUGCUUAUAAGACUUGGGCUUGUUCUCACGAUAUUCAUUCGAAUCCACGUCGUCGUCAAGAGGCGUCGGAGACGCUGAUUGUUCUGGAACUGUUGUAGUCACCGUAUCCGUCUCAUGGUUCGAGUUUUCCAGGAGAUCCAUGAUGGCUAAGGAUAUAAAUAAUAAAGGUUUUUAAAUUACCGUAACGAAUGAGGCGGCGAUCAGAGACAUCGUACAUAUUAACGGUAAUACGAGGGAGUAAUAUUAUGACCGCGAAUUUAUAGUCAGUAGUCACCACUCACCAAUAGGCAAUAAUUCAUAUUUCGUCAAAUUGUUAUAAUUCGUACAGCAGUCCAAAACAAAAUAUGUCUUAUCUCUGAUAACGGGCCGGUACUGAUAGUGUGUUUUCGUUAUUACUUUUUCUGCAAUAAAUGUUUUAAGAAACACUGGCGAUCGGCAAUCUGCUUUUUGCCCCACUGAGGAAAACAGCUGUAAUUACUACUAUAUCGUUCGGUAUCGGUGUCGAUUAGCUCUGUAUUUUCUCUGUGACUAUGCUCAAAACGUAACGAUCUGCACAAUACACAACUACACACACUCACGCAAAUGACAAACGUAACACACGUUCACUAGUUUAAUUGUUACACACGAUUAUAUUUUAACGUAUUUGUUUUGUUUUUCCUUUUUUUUUUUUUUUUCUGUUAAUUGUUUAUGUUAUUCAGCCAUUUAUCUUCCGAAUAUAUAUAAUAUAAUUUUUUUUUUUAUAUAAAUAUUAUAUAUUCUCCGUACAAUUAUUAUUAUUUAUUAUAAUAUUGUAUUAAUAGUAGUAACAAUCAACUCCGCCGCCAAGUAUUCAAUUGUCUAGUCCUAAAUAAUAUAUUUAUUAAUUUAUUAUUAUAAUAUAAAAUCGUAAUAUACAGUGCGUAAGUGUCCUGAACUGCAUACGGGAGCCGAAUAUGUUUAUCUAGCAAAAGGUAAGCAAUUUUGAUAUUCCUAAGAAAUAAACAAAAUAAUCCAUUAAAUCUCGAGUUCACAAUUGGACUAAAUUACGAAUGAAAAUUUAUUGAAACUAUAUUAUUUGGUUGAUGAAUUCAAAUAAUUUUUAGGGUAAUGAACCUUAUUACUUGUGAUACCUAUAUGUAUACAUAAAUAUAUUAUAUAGUUGGUAUUAUUAUUUAUUAUGUGAUAUUACUUAUCAUAGGUAGUUGACAUUUUAUAUUUUAAAAAAUAGUAUUUAAAUACCUAUUUACAUUUUUCUUUAUUAUAAAAUACUUACUCUUAUAAAGAGGAUUAAGUAUUGAUUAUUUUUAGUUAAUUAUUUGAUGUGCCUAAAUCGUAUUACUAAUAAUAGUAUGACUACUUACUAUAUACCCUUUAAUUGUUUGAAAAUUCCAAGUCUAGCCCAAUCGUUUUUUUUUUUUUUUUAAAUUUGUAUUUUCAAAAAUAAACUCUCAUCGUUUUUUUACAGGUUUUGUAAAAAACUGACUGAAUUCUGGGGCUGGCUUGGGGUGAAAAAAAGAGUAAAAAUAUCGAAUAUCGCCGAAUACAAUUUGUAUUUGAAUUUUCGAUUUUCCCAUUUCUCGUAAAUAUUUGGCAGGUUUAAAAGUGCGCAUUUGCGAUCUUAGACAAAUUUUGAUCUCUGCAAAAGUCUGCUUAUCUGGGUCGAUAAAAACAGUCAAAAUAAAAUCGAAAAAUCAUACAUAUACUCUCCAUUCCCCUUCCGUAACUUAUCGACAUUCUUCAGUUAGAAUUAACAUUCCAAUUUCCAGCAAAAAUAUACGAGAUUUUUAACACUUUUAUUGGUUAUUUACCCUAAAGCAAUGUUGAAAAGGGUUAAAAAGUUUACUAUCGAAAUUCCGACCGAUUGGAGUUUUAUUAGAUCACUAGCUAUAAUACUAUUAGAAAACCACUAUAGCAUUGUCCGAUAUUUUUAGGUUUAGUUUUAACCCCGAGAGCCCGACAGACUAUGGAUAAUACAUUUUUUCUAAAUCCCCAAACGCGAGCUUCAAAACUCGUCGUAUCUCGGCGGGACGUGAGAAACUCGAAAUUUCAAUCACGGGUCAUUGGUCAGAAGAGGGGCGCACGGAAAAUAUAUCUAUUUGGCGUUUUUCGAUAUAUUGACGUUGUGUAAAUUAUUGUUUUGCGGCUUAUACAUUAGACAAAAAGGAUCACUAUCAAUUCUGAAACCCCUUUUCUACAAAUUAUCGCGUGUUGUUUGGAAAAAUAAGUCCAAAAUGUAUUUUAAUAUAAAAAAAAAAAUCCCGGAAUGGCGAAUAAGAAGUUAAUUGUAGGUUUAUUUUAAAAUUAUAAUUCUAAAAAGUUAGUACAAGUAGCGAUUUUUGAUCACAAAUUAUGGGUUGCCCUUAUUUUUUAAAUUUUUUUUGGCAAAACGGAUCGCGUCCCAAGUACAGAAAACUUACAUGGUAAUUUAAGAUAUAUAAUUAUAUAAUUAGAUUAACACUAGAUUAGAUUAGUACUACAGUAUUACAAUUUAAAAAUAAAAUUAAGGGUAAAAUGCAUGUUGCUAUGUUGAUAUGUUAUAAAAAUUGUUCACAAAUUCCUCAAACGCGUUUUAUUUGGAAGCUACCUACUUGCAACAAUAUACAUUUAGCAAUUAAUUGGAAUGGAUUUCCAGGUCGAAAUAAUGUUUUUUUUAUUUAGAUUCCGAGUUUAGUGAAAUAGCUAAUAUAGCUGUACAAAGAUGUGAUUUUUUGAAAAAAAAUUUUGUUGUUAAAUGCUCUGAUUUAUUUAUGCCAUACCAAAAAAAAGAAAUUCCUGGUUAAAUAUUUUUUUUUCAACCCAUUGGUUUUUUAUGAUAUUUUUUUACAGUAUUUUGGUUAGGUAGUUUUCUUCACACAAUAUCUCAAAAUAUGAGGAAUUCCUAUACUUUAUUUGAAAUAGUUAUUGAAAAUUUGUUGUUCUUUUGAUUUAUAUUAAUUGUUUGAUUGCCUUGGCAAUAAGGGGUAGUAACUACUGCACUCAGAAAUGUUUUUGUCAAUAAUGAUUUAUCAUUUCACACCGUUUUUAAACUAAAUAUGUUAAUCUCUACGUCCUACCUAUCCACCUAUAACUGUCAGCAGUAUCAACUAUUUUUUAUUUAAGUACUAUAGUUAAAUGUUGACAAUAUUAUGAUAUUAUUAAUAUUUAAAUAAAAUAAAACAUUUUAUGAUCAAAUUAUUUUAAUUUUAUACUUGCAAUUUUCUUAAUAUUAUCUACAUAGGUAGUUUAGUGGGCAUUAUAUGGCCUAUGAUACAAAUAUUGGUAGGCAGUAGACACUAUUUCUUCAUAUUAUUUUUUUAAUGUACCUACAUAAAGUUAGGUUUUUGUGACAAAUUUAUUGAUCACAUUUUGUAUAAUUAGACAUAAGUAAGGUUUUUAUUUUAAUUAUUGGUACUGUACAUUUUAUAUUCAAAUUGAACCCAUAUAAUUUUGUAAAAUUAUUAAUGAAUAAUCAAUAAUGGACAAGAAUAAAAUGAAACCUUGUUAUGUAUUUCUAUUACACUUAUUUUCAAUAUUUUUGCAAAACUGUAUAGAUUUAGAUUUUAUUAGAAAAUAUAAAUUAGGUAGUUCAUAUCACGUGAAACUUAAAACUUACGAUAAGCCACACUGAAUGAAUGCUUUUUAGUGUUCUGUGUAAAAAUAUAAUUAUUAUAAGAUAAGGUAGGUACUUAAGUAUUUAUUUAUUUAUUAGGUUAGGUAAUAAUAAUUAAAUCCUGUGAAUUGAAGUUUAAAUUAACUGUGAUAAUCUAAGAAAAUUGUUUAAAGAAUAUUUUUAAUCUUAUACAUUAAAGAUAAAAUUAUGUAUAGUGUAUAAGUAGGCAAGUGCAUUUCAUAAAUAUUAUAUUAUUUUCUGUUCUUGUCGCAGACCACUAUCAAAACACUUUGACAUGCGGUCCAAUUUUUUCGUACCUAGUGACAUUUUUGCUGUUUACUAUUUCAUAAAUGUAACUUGCAAUAUUUUGUUAUUCAAAAAACUACAUUAAUAAUAACUGAUGUUGUAAUUAUUGUGUAUUUCUGUAGAAUAAUAUUAUAUUUUUACUUGUAUUUAUAGUGUUUGGAAGACAGCGGCAGUGUGUCAUCUCGAUAAUGUUAGUAAUUUGGCCGUACAUACAAUUUUGUCUUACACUGUUUUAAUUAUGGUUAUUAAAUGUUAUGGGUUUUAUUCAAUUUUUAAUUAUGUUUUCACAUUCAAAGAGAUUUAAAGUAAGUGAUGAUUAUGUACCUAUCUAUAUUAUUUGGAUAAACUGUUUUUAAAUUUGAUCACGCUAAUUAUUGAUAAUUAUCUGUUUCAUACUAUAUCUAAUAUAUACUUGAAAAGUUUUUUGUUUGCAUUUAAUUUGUAUAUAUUGUUUCACAAUAAGAAUAAUAAUUUCAUAAUUUUUUUUAAAAAAUAAAUUAUUUUGGAAUCACUCAAAUUUUAAUAAAUAGAUUCACUAUUUAAAACAUUUUAUUUAUGAUCAAAUAUUUAAUACAUUUUAAUAAGGAAUUUAAAUUUAUUGUAAAAUUUCAAGUUUCAAUGCAGUAUAAUGUAUAUAACUUAGGUAUAUGUUGUUUAAAUACAUAUUGAUUUUGUAAAUUAAUAUGAAUAUGAAAUCUUAAUAUGCCAAUCAAUGCAUAUUUUUUUCCUCUGCUAAAUGGUAAAAUGCCUUGAAACAAUAUAUAUACAUUUAAACAUUUCCGUGAUUGUGAUAGGAUGUGGUAAAAAAUUGAUUGCAAAAACUCCCCAGGGAUAUCCAAAAUAGUGUGCUGGCGCCGGAAAAACAUUUUAAUAACUGUAAUGUUAUAUUAUUUAAAUAUUGUACAGUUGCAUUAAAUAACAAGAGCAAUAUGAACUUAAAAUUUAAAGAGCUUGGUUCUUGAGUAGGUACUUAAAAAUAUUUGAAUAUUUACCGCUAUGCUACUCAAUUAAAAAACAAUCACGAAUCACUGCACAUUAUUGAUAUUAAUUAUUUUGAGUAGGUAUCAAUUGUAUUAUAAUCUCUAUCUACAAAUAAGAUUAAAUUGAUGAUAAAAUUAUACUUAAAAAUAAUUUUAAUUCCUAUUCAAAAGGUAUUUCUGAACUAUACUUAUAAAUUAUCAAAGAAAUUAAACAUUGAUUAGUGCUGAUAAUUUAUAUCUGCUCUUGAAACUAAUAAUCUCUAUAGAAUAGUAACCUUUUUGAUUAUCACAUUAUCUAUUUAAUACAAUGUACAAGUUUAAAAGUAAUUUCAUUAGAUAAACGGCUUAAUGACUUAAUUAAUUAGUUUUAAUAUAUUAUGUACAUUUCAUUUACAAUUUGAUAGUUAAUAUGACAUACCAUAAAAUAUAGUAUAAUUGUUAUAAUUUCCCCCAUUGGGUAAUUUAAUUUUUUGAGUUCAUGAUUUACAUAUUAUUACUUAUUAGCCAAUGUUUAAUAAAACCUAAUGUAAUUUUUAAAAAAUCAUUAAAUUUGCUUAAAAUGUUGUAUGCAGUUAUUUUAGACAUUUCCGGAUUAGGUACUUAAUAAGAAAUUGAGAUAAUAAUUUGUUAAUUUUGUUUAAAUUUUGUUACAUAACUACUAAGUUAUUUUAUCUUUAGACAACAUCUCUUAUAACAAAUAAAUAUACAUGUAUAUAUUAUAUUUGCAUGAUCUUUUCAAUAACAAGCAAUAAAAUACAAUUGACAUUCAAGUUACCUAUCAAUAAAUAUAAGCGCUUAAACAAUGUUUGAAUAAUUUAAAAAGUUAGUAUUUAUUAAAUAAUGUCUUUGGAUUCUAUAUAUUUUAUAGCAUCAUAUGUGCAGUUAUUUAAUGUCACCUUAGAAAAAUUGUUUUUCACAUUCUCCAAAAUUAUGCUUUGCUAUUUGUAUUUAAAGACCACAAUCUCAGAAGAGAAAAGAGGUUAAACUAUUCUUGUGUAACAUUUAUCCAGUUUACUGUGUGUUGUUCAUAGAUCUGUUAAGAGUAAGCCACUAUUUGCGAGGAAGGUGGAGACCUAGAGGUAGGAUAAAGAGAUGUUCAAUUAUAUUUUCCAAAUCAGGGUUAUUUGUUUAACAUUCUAUAUUCCAUUUUGCUAAAAGGUCAACUUUAUAGUUCAAUGUUUACUAAAAAUGUGUUAGGUAACUAUUACAUUACUCGGCAUAUUCUGGAGUUUGGGUCUAAAAGAACCAUUGUCACUUUUUGUUGAAAAUGAGUUGUACGGCCAAUCAUAUAAAGUUUUAUGUGCUUUUUCUAAUAGUAAAAGAGCGUAUCUCAAUCAUGUAAGAUUUGAAAAGACCAAUAUUGUUAGAAAAAUUACUAUUGCAAUAUCAAUUCAUAAAAAUGUGUUUUAUUCUUAAUUUUCCCAAAUUAAUUAAGUGAUAUUGACCCAGGCCCCAUAAUUAUAAACUUGUUUUAUUUUGUUGAAUAAUAUAAUUCAUAUUUCUUAAAUCUUAACAUUUCCAUAUGAGGUACAUUAAAAUGUAUACUUUACAUAAACUAUUAAGAUUCCAGACAGUACAAAAUAAUAAUAUAUACUAAGUUGAUUAGGUUUUCUAUUCAAUGUAAUUAUUCUAAUAUUGUACUUGUGUAAUUUAGUUAUUGAUUUAAAAUUAAUAUAUGAUUUAUAAUUUAAAAUAUUUGUAAACUAAAAUAACUCCUGGACUUCUACACAAGUUUUUCUCAAUGAGGCCCAGUAAUAUAUUAAUUUCAAAACAAAAUAAAUAAAAACAAAUUUACAGGUGCUAAUACAUUUAACUGAUAUCACAUAUUACACACAUCUACCAAACAGUUUUAGUACUAUGAAGGUGCAAACUUUUAAAAAAAAUUGUAAAUAUCGUGAAAGCUUGAAUUUUCUAAAGACAAUUAAUAAAAUAAACAAUUAGUUAUCAGUUUAUGACAAAAUGAGAUUGUUUACAAAUUGAUGGUUUAGUGUUAAGUUGUUAAAUUAUUUUUUAAUGCUAUAUAUACCAUUUUGAUUUUUAAACUUUUAACUACUAGUCCUACUACGUUCUUGAAAAUAUAAUUUGGAAAAUGGAAUAAAACUAUUUGUACUUCUUCUGUUUUAAGUUUAAAAGUAUAAAUUAUUUUAUUUUAUAAGGUAAAAUUUAAUAUAUAAUAUAAAUUUAUUAUAAAGUAUAAUUUGCUGUAUUUAUUCACGAAAAACACGAUUUUUUUUCAAAUUACAAUUUACAAUUUCAUACUUAAAAUUUGUACAGUUUAUAUUUUAUACCAUAAAUAUUGCUCCAAUAGAAAAACAAUGAGAAACUUUUUUAUUGAAUUUUUAAUUUAGUUGGUGACCAAUAGAGUAGUUUUUUUGAUAGUUAAGCAAAACCGAAAAGUACAGAGAAAAUACGUGGAAAGAACGGAUACAUUUACGAAAAUAAUUUGUUUAUUAUUUUAAUUUUUGUUUUUUCAAUGUAAUUCAGUUAAAAAUAUUCGUAGAGAUGAAAUGUUGAUGGAAAAUUUAAGUUCUUGCUUUUUCUGGACGUGGUAAAAUUUUCAAAACAUUUUUUUGCAAUUUUGGAACUAUUUAUAGACAUUUUAAUUUGGCGAGUUUUUUACGUAAUUUUUAUUUGGUAGGUAAUUGAAAGAAGACUGAACAGAAAUGCUUGAUAAUUUGACAGAAGGUUGAUUAUAAGCCAAACAUAGUUAUCAGAAAAAAAUUUGAUUGUCAUAGUAUUUUAAUUUUUUUUUUUUUAUUAGUUUUAAAAUCAAAUUUUGAUGAAAUUUGUAAAUAUUACUGCCUUUCAAAAGGUGUAUCAAAACAUGUAUAACCGAAUUUCGCUCUGAAUUGUUUUUCAUUAGCAAUAUUUUUGUCGUUGUAAGAUAUACAGAUAUAAAUUAAAUAACUUCAUGUAUCCCACCUUAUCAACUACCUAGCUCAGUCGCACCCGUCCUCAGUAUCAGCUCUUUUUUUCUAAAUUCGUAACGCUGUUCAAAAAUAAAAUGGAAUAAUUAGGUGGCUAUACCUACUUCGAAAUUUAAUAUGAUAACCAGAUAACACAUCUACCAUGCACGUACAUAAAUAACCUUCGCCCUACCCAAUAUACAAAGAUACCUUACACGUUAAUUAUGGUCACUUUUUUGUUACAUUCCUAAUAAACCAUAAUAUUUAAAACAAUUAUAAUUAUUUUAUCCAUGUUACGUUAUUUUUUAUUAUCUAUAUCAUAUACGAUGCCUUUUCUCUGUGUGGAAUUUCUUAAAUAAUUUAAUUAUGUACUCUGUGUGUAUUCUCACAUAUUAUUGUUACAGUUAAGUUAGGUUAAGCUAGGUGUUGUUCACAGUUUAUUUAAAUUGUAUUAGAGUAACUUUUAUAUAUAAACCCAUAUGUUUAUUAUUUGUAAUGAAAAGAGCCAGUAUAUUGUGAAUGUUUUAUGUAUAGGUAUCUAGAAUAUUAUUAAUAUUAUUUCAUUAAUCAAAAAAAAAAACGCCCUCUGGCUCGUAAUUAGGCUGUAUCUAAUGACCAUUUGUUUAGUUUCUCCAAUGUAUAACUUAUGCUACUUAUUAAUAACUUACAAAUAAAAAAAUAUUGAAAUCAUGUGUAAAUAUGUUUUUUAUUAUUAUUUAAUUAAUAAUUACCUAACACGUUUACACAUUUAAAAAAAAAAGGGAGGUCAUAAAUUUAAUUAUUUUUAAUUAGUUAAAUAAAAACUGUAUUUUAAGUAUAUCUACAUUAUUUAAUUUUUAAAUUUAAUGUAUUCAUCAUGUAUAUUAUUUGUUAUUAUAAUCAUCUGAAUUUAUGUUGGUCAAAAUCAUAAUUUAAUAAUGUUAAUAGAACAUUAAAUUAAUACAACUCUAAUAUAGCUUUCUUAAUAGUAUAUAACUAAUGUAUAAUUUAUCAAAUAAUUAUCUUUGAUAACAACCUGCUUAGAAGUAUACAAAAUGUACUUUUGUAAUUAAAUAUACCUAUGUUCUUAUUAAAGAUCAAUUAUCCAUUUUAAAUUGUAUAAUACAAUAUUAGUUAUAUUGUAUAACCUCUUCUUAAAAACAAUUUUAUUAAAAUUUAACAUUAUUUUUAUUGUAGUAAUUUAUUUCAUUUAAGUAAAAAAAUUAAAGUAGGUUAUUUAAUUUUUAUAAUAUGAGCAUAUUUCUACUUCAGUUAUAUAGAUAAAUAAAUACAAAUUACUAAAAACUAAUUAUAGUCUAAGAAGUUGCAAGUACAUCAGUAAUAAGUUAAACAAUUAUGUUUUCUUUGUAAUUCUAAAAACACAAUUUGACAAAAUUCAAUUUUUAACAAUUUUAUAGAGUUAAAUUUUGUAUUUAAUAAAAACAGAUUAAACCACCCAAUAAUGUAACUUAUCCAAGUUACAAAAUUGUAAAUACAAAUUUUUUAAUAUUAAGUAAUUUGAUAAUAAUAUUAAUUUCAACUGGGGUACACUAACCUACAGUGUAAUACACUAUAUUGAUUUUUUAUUUUAUUAAGGAACACGAGGUUUGAAAUAACAACGCACUUUCUAAACCAUAUGUAAUAUAGUUACAUAAAAGCUAUUCAAAAUUAUAAGGUCGAAAUAAAUCAAUAAAUACCUAUAGAUAAUCUUUUAUAUAUAUAUAUCAAUUUUAAUUGCUAUCAUUUAAUACACAUAAAAAUAUGUAUUAUAAUAAGUUACAGCCAUUAUAUGCAAGUAUAAAGUAUAUCAUAGAGAUUAUAUUAUCAUCUCGGAUGCAAUAAUAUACUUAAUAUUAUAUUUUACCAUUAUUAGUAUUAUUUACUAUUGAUAAUUAAAAGCGUAGAUACAUCUUUGAUUCUGAGUAAUUUAAACUUUAAAAGAUCAUUUAGGUUAUAAAAUAAAAUUUAUACAUGCCAUUUUGUAUAAAACAUCGGACAGAGUAUUAGAAUUACAACCAUUAUUAUGACGUAUGCAUGUUCACUAUAUAAACGGUUGAGUAAUGUGUUAAAUGUAAUCUAUGAUAAAAAAAAAUUAAAUUUCUUACCUACCUAAAUAUAAAACUAAUGACAAAUGAUUAAAUUGUCUAAAAUAAAUAACAUUGUACGAGUAUUAUUUCCAAAUGCUAAUUAAUUAUUAUCGUACAUGUAAUACGUACCUAUUAUAUCGAAUAGAACUAUAGACUACACCAGUUUGAUUUGAGUCGCCCUGAAUUAUUUUUAAUAACUACCAUUUUAUUCAACUAGAAUAUCGCCAGAAUUUAAUUGUAACAGAAAUGAUUGUUAUACGAAGAUGUCACACUAACAUUUGCUGUCUCCAUCUGUCUAAUAGGCAAUAUUGCAAAAAUGUUUUUUUUUUUUUUUAUUUCUAAUAGUCCUAAAAAAUUAUUUUAAAAACCAAAUAUUCUUCUUUCGAGUAUUGCUAAUUUGCCUUCGUCUCCUUUAGUCGUUGGCCAUGUUUCACACGCAUAUAAAAGGACUGGUCUGAUAAUUACCUUGUAUAUUGUAAUUUUUGAUUUGAGUGAUAUACUCGUUACUCCGUAAUAGCAUUUAUUUGCUGCAGUUAGUCUUAUUUUAAUUUCAUCGUGAUUAUUAUUUUUGCUAUUUAUUGUAACACCCAGNAUUUGUAAUCCAAUGUCUUUGCUGUUUAUUAUUAGUUCUUUGGUUCCUGCUUUGACUUCUUGACUGUCUGAUCCCAAUAUGAUAAUAUCAUCUGCGUACGCUAGUACUCCGCAUUGUCUUCUGUAUUAUAACCACAUAAAGGUAUUAAAGGUAGAAUAUUAUUGUUCUUUAAGUACCUAUUUUCUAGGUGUAUUAAAAAUAAACUGCACGACUAUUUUAAUACCAAACAAUAUUACUGUGAGUAUAAAUAUUUUUAGAUUUUGAGCAUAUCGAAGAAUGUAUGGGUUCGUUGUGAUGUGUGUUUUUUUUUUCUGUCUGUAUUAUUAUUUAUUAGAAAUUUUGCUCCGAUCAAGUGUACCGUCUUUUCUAAAAGUAAAUUUUGUUUAGUUGGUGCACGUUUGGAGAAGUCAUUUUUUAUUUUCCUUGUAGUUUUCUUAAUAGUUGACUUAGGACUUUCUCUCUGGGACCAAAGUUCUAUUUAAAAAGCUUAGGGCGUUACAGUUCAACAAUUAUGAAAUGCGAACAAUAUUGGAACAAUGGACGGUUGAUAGCAUACGAUAUGAUGUAAUAUAAUGUGCCAUAAUUAAAUAAACAUAAAUGUGUAUAUUUGUAUGUAGAUGCCACACGCAAAUCUAUCGUUCCUACAUAUCACGCACGUUUCUGUAAAAAUUUUAAGUAUAAUCUGAUUAGAAAUAUUAUGUGUUAUAAUUAGAUAGGUAACUAAAUUGAUGACAAUCAACCGAAAUAAUAUGUAAUAAUAUAUGCAUUGUUAUAAAAAGUAUUGUGUUUCUAGAUAUUAGUAUAGGUGUAUGAAAAACAGAAUCGUUUAAAUAAAUACAAUAUGUAUGUAAAAGGUAUACAACACAUAUUGUAUUAUUGUGUAACAAUAAUAAAAAUAAAUGUAUCAAUUUUGUCCCGGUAGUAAUACAUUAUGCAUUUAUACAAAUUUAUCUAUACUGACGCAUAAACCGUGAGAAAUAAUAAUUAUUUAUUUGGGAGCUGUACGAUUUUCGUCUGGUGCAAUGACAUUUUUCACUUUUAUUUCUUAUCACCUGUUUUCGGGAUUGUUAUAAUUCGGUUACAACCCAGAUUAUUUCUUAUAAAUUAUAAAAUACGUUUUUAGUUCAAAUCUUUACCUUUGCUACUUUAUUUGGCAUUCGGAUUCGUAUUCCAGUAUUUAUUUUCUAGAAGCAAGGAAUGUAUUGGUUUUAAAAUUAUGUUUAUUUGUUAUUAUAUUUUUUUUUAUUUUUUUUUAUGUACAUACAUAUAUAUUUACUGUAUACAAAAUUGUUAUCAAAAAUAUUACUCCUAUUUUCAAGUGUAACAACCCUUCUGAAAGGAAAUUUUAUCUAGUUAGUACUUUAGAGGUUAUUUUUUGAUUUUCCAAGCGGUUUUCAUAAUAAUAGGAAAAACGUGAAAAUCUACGAAAAUAAUGAAUUUAUUAUUUUCGAUUUUGUUUUUUAGUUGUAACUCAGCUAAAAAUAUUCGUAGGGCAGAAAACUUUUAUUUACUUUUUCUAAACGUGGUAAAAUUUUCAAAACAUUUGUGCAAUUUGGAACUAUUUAUAAACAAUUUAAUUUUGCGAAUUUUGUACAUAAUAUCUCGUAGGUAAAAUUGACCAAACAGGAAUGCUUGAAAAUUUAAUAUGAAGUUUACUAUAAAUCGUAAUGUGUGAUAAAAUAGAAAAAAAAAAUGAGUAUGGUGUAGAAAGUUUUUUUUGUAAGAAUUUUUAGUAUUACAUAUUGACGAAAAUCAUAAAUAAUACGGCCUUUCAAAACAUGUAUAACCAAACUCCGCUUAGAAUCGUUUUUAAUUAGCAAUGAUUAAUCGUUACAUACUAAUAUACAUUAAAUUCCCCUCUACAUCCUAUAUUCCCAACUUCCCAUCUACAACAGUGACCCACCAGUCGUGCAAAGCUUGUCUGUCUUUUAUUUUAUUUUUUUUUAAAUCUAUUGCAGUAAAAAAAAUCUCUCUACCUACCAUACGCGUCCCCCGUCUCAUUUCUUACUUCAUCAUUAUGUUGUAGCAGACCGCAGUAUUGUACGUGCCAUUGUUAUUUCUUUGUAUCAACUAUUGUUGCCGAGGUAACGAUUCUUGGUCUAGAGGUCACGAAAAUGUUUUCCAUUUUAGACCGAAAAGGUGUGAUACGAAUUUGCCAGUUUUUAAAUGUAAUCGAUUCUCCAUUCCCACGAUGAUACACGCGACUAUACCAAGUAUAGUAUAAUAAUAUUGUGGAUACUAUAACAAAUACUCAUAGCCUUAUUCGGGCGCGAAUUGUGCAGAACCACAUGCCCCCUUCCCCCCAUAUAAUUUUCUCCACUCGAUUUUUACUUAAUAUGAAUUUUUAAUUAGGAAGUUAUGAUUCUAUCAUAAUACAAUAGAUACCUAUAUCACUAAACAAAUAAAUUAUAAAUAAUUUGAUUACAACAUUUCAAGUUAUCAUCAUCAUUGAUUGUUUUGCAUUACACGAUAUUUUAGCACUUUCUAAACGUUAUUUUCAAAAUAUUUCGGCGCUUUUUGAAGUGUCCGAAUUUUCAACAAUUGUAGUUUAUUUUGCAAUCACAAAAUGACGUACGUAUUUUAAUUUAUCACUGAUUUAUCAUCGCGUACAGAUAUAAAUUAAAUAUCCCUAUAUUAUGUGUAUCUAUCUUACAUUUCCAACUUACAACAAUGGGCCGGCCCGUGGUACAAAGUAUGUCAGGUAUUUUUACAUUUGAUUUAUUAUUAUAAUUUGUUCCAAUUAUUGUUGAAAUUUCCCCUAGAAAUUAUGUAGCACCCCAUGCCCUUUUCAUACCGAUCCGUACCUAUAACCUUAUCGUUUUCACCUCAAAAACAAUACAUUCGUAUGAUAUAAACGUUUUAAUAAUAUGACAGUAAAUUGUAUUCAAGUAGUAGGUAAACAAUUGAUUUGAAAUAUUCGAUACUUAUUAUUAACAUUAAAAAAAAAAAAAAAACAGUACUUUUAUUCUUAAUUGAAAACUGCUCGAAUACCGGUAUCUAUCUAAUUAUAAAUUCUUAUAAGCUCGGUAGGUACUUAGUAAACUAUUUAUUUUAUACAUAAAAGGUAACUAGAAAUAAGAUAAUUUUUUUUAUUAAGUACGAUUAUAAGUAUUUAUAUGGAAAUUAAAUUAAGACAUUAUAAUAUUAUAGUACAAUUGUUAAAAAUUUACGUUAUGCAGGUAUAUUACAGAAAUUCGCUAUUAUAAAUUGAUACGCGUUUUGUCCAUGUUAUUAUGUAUAAAUGAUUUCAAAAUUUUAAACUCGAAUACUAUUAUCUAAUGAAUAAAGGUGUGCUGGGUAUACAAUUUAAAAAAAAAAAAAUUCCUCGUUAUUUCAAGGUCAACGCUUUUCAUUAUGAUUUUUUAAUUGUACCACGAAAAAUUAAUACAAAUUAAAAUUCUAUUUAUUUGAACAUCAGUGGUGUGUAGUUAAUUAGUAAAUAUUUGCUUUAUAUAAUGUUAAAUCCAUUAUUGCUAAUAUAAUAAUAAAACUCAAAAUUUUCACAACGAAUUGACAUUUGUCUAAUUAAUUUCAUUGGACAUCGAUAAAAUACGUGUAAUAUUACACGUUGAUUUAAAUGAUAGUAAAUGAUUGGGUUGAAAAGGUUGUUUUACUACAUUAAAUAGUUACACAUAUAAAUAGAGGUACCUAGACAGUUUUUUUUUUCUCGUUCAACAGAAAUUUUACACAAACUAGUAGAGGUAUGUAAUCAUUUUAUUAUAACGACAACGAAUAAUAAUUGUUAUCAUUAUCAUUGCAUACAUCCUUGUACACAUAUUACUCCUCGUUGUCUGCUAUUAUCUCGUAUUUGUAGUCCAUUAUUUAACAAUAUCAUUACGCCGGUUAAUUAAAAUUCUCCGAGUUAACCCAUUACAGUCUCUGUAAAUAGUGGUUUUUAAAUAAUUCGCUUAAUACGAUUAAAAAUACGUAAUUUUACUUGGUUUUUUUUAUUAUUAUUUCAAUUUCUCUGCGUGUCGUGUUAAAUUAUUCCGCGCGUGCAUUUAUGUAUUAACGAUUCCCUCCUCCUCCCCAGUGAUUACCUGUCGCCGUCAGUUUUUCUAUGCGCGUAUUAAACUUGCGUUUAUUUUCGUUUUUGUUUGAAAAUUUAAAAUUUAUCCGAUGCCACGUUAUGGAUUUAUUGAGUUUUAUCGAUUUUUAUUCGUGCGUACCUAAUUAAAUGCCGUUGUUAUUUCAUAAUAACAGCAAUUAUUUAUGAUAUAAACAUUUAUGUUUAGAUGAUACGAAAAAAAAAACAAAUUAUUCUGUGUACAGUAACUAGUUUUUCAAGGUUAUGUUAGUUAAUCGAAUUUCAAUUGUUAACAUGUUUAAACACGGCUUAGAUUCCGUGUGUACGCGGCGAAGAAGCUGUUUGUUUUUCAUUGUCGCGUGAUUUUCAUAAUAUUAUCCGUAGGUAUUGAGUUUUUUUCGUGGAUCUUUUUUUUUUUUCUACUCGUUGUUCGGGUGUACUAGCGUUGUUACCCUGCUACAUAGUCAUCGAAAGCGGCGCAAUCCACACGAAACCUCCCCCUCCCCCUCCCCCAAAAACAGUCCACCGUCUCGAUACAUUUUUUUUUUUUUUUUUACUCUCUUCUAUUAAUUACCUACCUGACUAUUAUUAUUUCCGUCAAAUCAUAACGCGUUCCAAAUUACGCCCGGUUUGGCAUAUUUAUCGGUCUAAAAAUAAUCCAUUAUAUACAGGUACCGACAAUGCGCAUAGGUUAUUAUAAAUAUAAAGCGCGUUUUCGCGUGGAGGAUCCGGCCAUCGACUCUGGCAAAACCUCAACGCGGCGCUCGCGCGCGAUUUUCGGAUACGUUUUCGCGAAAACAUUGCCAAAACGCCCGGCGUUCGGCGCGAAAAAAAAAACGGAUUUUCGCUCGCGUUACCAACGGUCCUGCAAUAACGUCGCGUUAUCCGUGGUAACGUCGCGUGUAUUAAUGCGCAGUGCGUCGCGGCGGCGCCGUCGACUGAUCGGUUCGGCGUACCGCCGACGUCCCGUGUCCGGAUGUUAUUUUUCGCGUCCGGCGAUUGGGCCGACGGAACGGACGGCACAGACACGAGGCACAAUGACAAUACGAGUUGGCGAGUCGGUCGAGCGGGGUGGUGCGAUUUCGGUUGAAUUUCGGUGCUUGGGCUUGUGGCUUUAAGACAAUAACGUUAUUAGAAAAAAAAAAAAAAAUUACAAUAAUAAUAAAGUUUCGAACUUUUUGUUCUAGGUAAAGCGAAGUGGCGAUUACUUAGAAGUUUUGAAAUUUCUAAAAAUUAAACCGCAUGGAAACCACGUCUGCAUACUACGCACACCUUAAGAACUACGAACACAAUCACCGCGGCGACGGUGAACGUAGUAGUCUGGCCAUCAAGAACAACACCUCGAGAAGUAGCCGCAUGAGGAGAACCGGUGUGAGAAAACGCAGGAGUAAACAACACGAGCUGACGGAAUGGCGGACAACGUUAAUACAGUCGACCCAGAAGUCAAUAUCAUUUUGUUAAGUGUAAAUAGCCUUAUUCCUCAAACUAGUGAUCUCUAUAAUAAUAACAAUAGCAGUAAUAAAGAUAUUAAACUAAGCCCGGAACAGUCCGAAAAACCGUCGUUAGCGUCGGAUAACGGCGGCGGUGACGACGAAGCCGAAGACGGCAACGAAGACGACGACGAAGAUGAUAAAAGUAAUAGCGAUCGAAUUAUCAAGACAAGCGACAAGACCACCGCGGACGGUGUCGCCAAAAAUCACGUAACGUUCCACAAGGAUGAGCCGGCCAACGUCAAUGGCUGCUGUUCCAGACACCAUCAACGCGGUACUGGCGUUCAAGAUUCGCCGUACACUUCGUACACGACCACCGAUUCGGACGAGUCCUCGUCAUCCGAUUCGUCCGACUUGCUGAACCGCGCCCCUGAUGGUGGUUGGGGAUGGGUGGUGGUGUUCGCGUCCUUCAUGGUCAACAUGAUCGCGGACGGAGUCACGUUUUCGUUCGGCGUCAUAUUCAUCGAGUUCGAGAAGUACUUCGACGAGGGCAAGAGCAAAACCGCAUGGAUAGGGUCCUUGUUCAUGGCUGUGCCGCUGCUGUCCGGGCCCAUCGCCAGUUUCCUGACCGACCGGUACGGCUGCCAGAAGGUCACAAUCAUCGGUUCGAUAGUGGCGUCCGCCGGGUUCGUUAUGUCCGCGUUCGCCGACUCUCUGUUCACGUUGUUCAUUACAUUCGGUCUCAUUUCCGGUUUCGGACUAUCCCUUUGCUACGUCGCGGCCGUCGUCAUUGUCGCCUACUAUUUUGACAAGAAACGGUCCUUGGCCACCGGCCUGUCGGUUUGCGGCAGCGGUAUCGGUACGUUUAUCUUUGCCCCGCUCAACCACGAGUUGCUCAGCUAUUACGGCUGGCGCGGAUGCACGCUGAUACUGGCAGGGCUGUUUUUGAACUUGUGCGUGUUCGGUAUGCUAAUGCGAGACCUGCCGUGGACCAAGGAGAAGGCUCAGAACGAGUGGAAAAAGAAGAAAGACGCCCGACUCCAGAAACGGCGUCUCAAGUCCACGGCCAGUUAUGAUAGGCAUUCCCAACACACACAGUUACAAUCGUCGCCAACGACCGGCAGCAGUAAAGACGAAGUCGAACAAAUGUUCCAAGAAGAUUUGGGCAUCCAUGACAACAGAGGUUUACCAGACACUACCAAAGAUUUGAGACUAUGCAAUUCUCUUGUAAAUUUACCCACUUUUGUAAAAAAUCAUGAAAAUGUUCCUGUAGAAGUACUCGAAGCUCUCACUCAGAAAAAGCAACUAUAUUCUGUGCUUGUUCAAAACUAUCCGAGUUUGUUAAUACAUUCUAAGAGUUUUAGCGACAGUGGGCGCAUAAACGAAUCGGUAAAUAUUAAUAUUUUUAUUUCCAUACUAUAAUGUUAUUAUCUCAAUUAAUUGAGAUAUAAUAUAUCUUUAUAUAAUUUCUGAUUUACUUUAUUCGAUUAUUUUCAUAAUACAAAAACUGAGUUCUGAAUAAUAAUAUUUUAAAAUUUUGUGUUUAAAGGGUAACAUGUCACCAACACAAGGUUUGCACAUUAAUCAAAUUGUUAGUAUUCAAAAACUGAUGGAAAAUCAAGGAAGUAAAUUAGAAGUUAAUAAUGCUAAAUGUGAUAAAGUAGAUGUAGUACAAACAAACAAUGGUACGAAUGUUGUUUUAAAAAACAAUGAUUACAAUAAUUGGUGGAUGAAAAAAGAGUGCAACCAACAAGUUAAACGUCUUCAAACUGCAUACCUUCAAGAUAUUAAAAUUCAUAGGUGAGUAUUUCAUUUAGGCUGAAGAGUGAAUUUUGUAACAUUUUGGAUAAAGCAUAAAUGUUGUAUGGUACAGAAUGUGUGACAGUAGUCUAAAUAUAGAUUAAUUGAAUAAGAGUGUUUUUUGAAUGAGAAUAAUUAUAGAGAAUUAAGUAUGGAAUGAUUUUAUUAGAGAAAGCAUAGUUCAGUGGUUGAUAUGAUAAGAGAGAAUAGAUUGAUGUGUGUUGAACAUGUGAUAAAAAUGGAUGAGCCAUAGGCUCUAAGACAAGGUUUAUAAUUGAAUGUAGAUGGAAGAGGAAAAGAGAAAUACCUAAAAAGAAACGGCUCAAAAAAAAAUACACAAUUAAGAGUGUAUUAUUAGGACUCGGAAAUAUUUAAAGAUAAUAUAGCAGACUGAAUUAAGUGGACAUUUAGGACCAAUGUGACUGAUCCCAAAUUAAUGAGAGUUUGAGAGGAGGUGAGGGAGAAAAUGGAAAAUAUUAAAUUAUCAAAUUAGUUUUAUUUGAAAUAUUUAUUACAGGCAUUCAUUAACAUAUAGAGGAGCUAUGCUCAAUAUAAACAGAUACAGAUUAAGAGCUUCUUCUUGUCCAAAUAUAUAUCGGAACUCUAUGACAACAAUUGCCAAAGAAAAGCAUGAAGUAUAACAACUAAUAUGAUAAAUAAUGUGAUUUAUAUGUUACAUGUUUUUAAUAAAUUUUAAAAAUAGUGGUCAGCUGGACUCUGGGAAUUGUGGUACCUACUGCUUGAUAUGAUGGAUUUUUCACAUUUCAAAAAUAUACCAUUCUUAUUGUUUGCCAUAUCAAAUUUUCUUUUAUAUACCUGGUAUGAUGUACCAUAUGUUUACAUUGCUGACUUGGCUAUUAUGAAAGGACAUUCUGAUGAAGAUGCAUCGUACCUAAUCAGUUUGAUUGGAAUACUGAAUAUGUUUGGAGAGGUAAAUAAAAUUAUAUAGAUGACUAAAACUAUUAAAUGACUUCAAUUUUGUUUUAAUUUUGUUCUUUAGAUAUGGUUAGGUUGGGCUGGAGACAAAGCUUGGGUUAAUGCAAACAUGGUAUAUGCAGUCUCAAUGGUGCUCUGUGGUUUUGUUAUUGCAAUAGUUCCACUGUUUGGUAGUUAUUUAAGUUUAGGCGUUUUGUCUGGUUUCUUUGGUCUAUUCAUUUCUGCAAAUUACUCAUUCACCUCAAUUAUAUUAGUUGAAAUCAUUUCUUUAGAACGAUUUACCAAUGCUUAUGGUGUUUUAUUAUUGGUGCAAGGAAUUGCUAAUUUGAUUGGACCACCUUUAGCUGGUUAGUUAUAUAAUCAAAAAACAGUAAUGCCUGAUUUGAAUAUAUUGAUAAUUUAGUAUUGCAUAAAAAUGAAUACAUUGUUUUUUUUUUUUUAGGUGGCCUAUAUGAUAUAACAAAAAGUUAUGACUUAUCAUUUUAUCUAGCUGGUUUCUUCAUCGCCAUAUCUGGUUUAUUGUUAUUUGUUCAUCCAAUAAUAAAAAAAAUGGAACGAUAUAGAAGAAAACAAAAGUUAUUGAAUAAUCACAAAAAUAAGAUAAUGACCAUAGCUUCAAAUUGCCAGAAGUAAUUUUAUUUUUUUAUUAUUGUUUAAAACGUAUAUGAAUAAUUAUGAUCAUUGCAUUUUAUCUUUAACUAUUAUUUGUAAGGUCAUCUAUUACAUUAAGAGUAAUAUACAUAAUUUCAUAAUUAUUCCUAUAAUGUUCUGGAGUUUUAAUUGUAUCUUAAAUAAUUAAGACACUAUUUAUUAAGCAUAACUCAGAACGCAAUUUCAUAAAAAAAAUGUAUUUACUUGGUUAUUUAAAAUACAGUAUAAUCUAACAAAUAUUGCUCAUCUAGAAUUGUUUUACUGUAGUUAAUUACUGAACAUUCAAAUAUUUUAUCAUCAAUUAUUUAGGUUAGUAUUAAAAAUUUUACUCAGCCAGUAUUCAGUACCCAGUUUUGUAACAAAAUCUACCUGGAACAUCUUUAAAUUUUAAUUUAAAAAAAAGUAUCAAAGUUAAUUUUUUUUUCAAUGUUUAAUGAAUAAUUUGUAUACUAUAUAUAUUUGUAUACAAGGAUCCAUUUGAAGUGCAUUCAUUGUCUCUGAAAGUAUUAACUUUUUUCAGAAUUUGUUUUCUAGGACAUUAGAGAAACAAGCACCUCUACAGUUUUAUAUUUAUGUUGUUUUUUGAAGUAAAACCGCUACCUACAUUUAAUUUUCAAAUAGCAACCUAUAUAAGGAAGUCCAUAAAGAGAUUAAGUAUUAGUUGAAAUAAAUUUUAGAGUUAACACUUGUUUUCCGUCAAACCAUUGACAAGAUAUUCCACUUUUAAGUUUGGGUUGGAGGAGAGUAGUGGUACAUAAUUAACAAACUACACACUGUUCCACCACACAAAUAAUACUCUACUACUCUCCUCGAACACAAACUUAAAAAUGGAUUAUCUCGUCAACGGAUUGACAGAAAUCCAAAAUUUCAACACUAAAAUUUAUUUCGAAUUAAUACUUUAUUUAUAAAAUUUGUAUGUAUAUUGUUAUUUAAAAAUCAAAAGUAUUUAGUGGUUUUACCACCUAAAAUAAGGAUGACAAAAAAUAACAUACAUAUAAAAUUGUAGAACUGCUUGUUUCUUAAAUGUUCUAGAAAUCAAAGUCCGAAAAAUGUUAAUACUUUCCGAGAUAAUGAGUGGCUCACUUAAAUGGAUCAUCUUGUAUUAUAAACUGCAAAACUGUAUAUACAAUUUUCUUAAUUGUUAAUCAGAUUAUUUUAGUAUUUAUAAUAUAGUUUUGUUUUAUUUAAAUAUUAUAUGUUGUUGAUUUUUAUUAUGUUUAGGUGUGCAGCAAUUGAAGGUGAUGUUUUAUAUCCAUCUAAAAGACGUUUAAGUUUGGCAACAAGUGUUUAAAUAGUAAAUAAAUACCAUAAACAAACUAAAAUACAUUUAUUAAAUUACGGGGUUUAUAUUUGAAACUAAUUUGAUACCUCAUUUUCAAUUGUAUGAAGAUUGUAUUUGUUGUUUAAGUGUAUAAUAUUAUUAUUAUAUUUAUUAUUUGUAAUGGAUUUUUUUUUUUAAAUUUAUUUACGAAAUGACAAUUAUAAAUAAUAAAAAUUUUAAAUAUUUUUUUCAUUUUAAAACAAUUAUUAUAACAAUAAAAAUAUAUAGUGAAUAGUUUUUUACAAGCCAAUAUUAUGUGGCCAUCUAGAUUUAAAAUUUUCUAUGAACCUUAACCUUACCAUUAUAUUAGCUUUUUGUUAUAAUAUAUAUUUAAUAGUAGUUAAUCAGAAAAGCACAAGAAGUUAAGUUUAGAAUUAUUUAACAUAUUUUAUUCAAUGUAUACGUGUCUUUUAAUGCAUAGAUAUUUUACUAUUAUAUCAACAGAUCAUAUUAAAAUGGUUUAAUAGUUGUAAAAAAUUAUAAACUCGUUGAACAAAAUAUUUGGCCUCUUCUCUAUAAUUUCAUUUUAUAGAUUAUGUACAAAUUUAUUAUAUCUAAUAAUGAAUUUGCAUAUCUUUCAAAAUUUUUUUAUUAAUAUAUAAUCCGUUCAGUACCUUACAGUUAAUAAUUUUUACUAAAUUGAUGUCGUAGUAACUUGUGAUAAUAAUUAUUAUUUAUAGUAAUAUAGCCAUUUAAACAUCAUACACCCACAAAUAUAUUGCACUUAUACAAUGUGCAUGUGUGUGUAUGGUUGUGAAAAAUUAUUAAUAACAUAUAACAAAUUUAUAUUUGAAUUUGUUUAAUUUAAAACAUAUAUAAUUACUCAUUUUCUUAAUAUUACAGCUGUAAUAAUAUUGUAAAUUUAAUAUGUUAUAAAAUUAUUUUUUUAAAGACUGCUAUUUAGAUUAAAUUUAUGUUUGUGAUUUUAAUGGCAUUAAGAAUUUUCUUUAGUAGCAAAUUAAAAUUAGUUAGUCUAUUUGUAAUUAGUUCAAUUGAAUAUUAUUAUGUAUACUACAAAACUGACUGAUAUAGUUUUUUUUAUUAUGUAUAUAUAUAUAUAUAUAUAUGUAUAUGUAUAUAUAUGUAUAUAUAUAUAUAAAUAUAUAUAUGUAUAUAUAUAUAUAAAUAUAUAUAUUAUAAUAUUAAUUGUUAAUAAUUUUAUUUAUUUUAUGAUGUAUUUAUGUUAAAAAUUCUUUAACUAUGUUUUUAAAUGCAUUACGUUGAC